CAUUUAACAGCACUGAUAUCGACCGGUCCUUAACCAGGUUCAAGCUGGCACCCAUCCUCACGCUAUAGAUAGACUUUUCCAAGUAAUUAAACUACAACUCCCAGCAGGUAUCGGGACACCUGCUUACGCCACGCUUCAGUAACUGCUGGCAGGCAGAGCCGUAUACACAACUUCUGCUGGUACAUAGAGAAUAGUACAAAGUACGCACAGUCUCGCUGUGGGCGGAACUAAAAACCCAAACUGAGCGUGAAAGGGGGAGGGAAAGGAGACGAUUGGGCGAGCCCCGCCACCUUUCAGACCAAUCGGUCCCCGCCCUCUUUCCCUGGGUAGGAGGGGCUGGCGCGUGACACUGUCGGCGGGUGCCAGUAAAGUGCUGCUGCUUGUUGCCGGGGGGCAGGACGGAGUAGCUUCAGAUAUUCAACAGGCUGUUGAAGAGUUCGCAGCGGUUUCUGCGUGGGUCUGAGCGCUGUGACGCAGGGAGUCCGGUUUUCUGGGGCAGCGUUAGAGCUUUUCGGAUCUGGAGCCUCGCUGGACGGGCAGUCUUUCAUUGACAGGGACAAACCCCCCCUGCCAGCGGAUAAAGUGACUAAAACUUUGUAUUUGUUGCUGUGCUGCCCCUGAGUGUACCACUCUCCCUAUAGGGGGGUGCCCACCUGGCUGUAAGUCUUUCUCCGGUGGGUAGCCCCCUUACUGUCGCAGUGAGUUGAAACCAUGGCUGAGGCUCCUCAGCCCCCGCCACCUCUGGUGGAGAUAGACCCGGAUUUUGAGCCCUUUUCUCGGCCCAGAUCUUGCACUUGGCCCUUACCCCGGCCGGAGUUUAACCCCAGCAGUUCGGCCAAUUCUUCCCCGGCGCCUUCUCUACAACCCGAGCCGGCAGCCGGCAAUGUGGACUUUCUGAGCAACCUUAGUCUGCUGGAGGAGAGCGAGGACUUUGACCCGGCAGAGGCGCUUGGAGUAUGCGGGGAUUUCCCGUGCCAGGAUAUCCGACAGCUUCAGCCCCCUAUCCCGCAACAGCAGCAGCAACACUCCCAGCAGCAGCAGGAGGCCCUUACUUUACUUGCCCCCUCCGUGCCGUCCGCUCUGUCCCCGGCCUCCUCCCCGUCCCCCCUGGGAGCCCAACAGCCCCGCAAGAGCAGCUCCUCCCGCCGCAACGCCUGGGGCAACCUGUCCUACGCCGACCUCAUCAGCCAGGCCAUCGAGAGCUCCCCGGAGAAGCGGCUCACCCUGUCCCAGAUCUACGACUGGAUGGUGAAGAGUGUGCCCUACUUCAAGGAUAAGGGCGACAGCAACAGUUCCGCCGGCUGGAAGAAUUCUAUUCGCCAUAAUCUAUCCCUGCACAGUAAAUUUGUGAGAGUACAAAAUGAAGGAACUGGUAAAAGCUCUUGGUGGAUCCUCAACCCUGAAGGAGGCAAAAAUGGUAAAUCCCCUAGAAGAAGAGCCGCUUCUAUGGACAACAACAGCAAAUUUGCCAAAAGUAGAGGAAGAGCUGCCAAGAAAAAGGCAUCGAUGCAAUCUAGCCAGGAUGGCAGCAGUGAUAGCCCUGGAUCACAAUUUUCAAAAUGGCCUGGAAGCCCCAGCUCACAGAGUAAUGAUGACUUUGAAGCGUGGAGCACAUUUCGACCUAGAACAAGUUCCAAUGCGAGCACAAUCAGUGGGAGACUCUCUCCAAUUAUGCCAGAACAGGAUGAUCUUGGAGAUGCAGAUGUACACAAUCUGGUGUAUCCUUCAUCAGCAACCAAACUGACUUCUACUUUGCCAAGCCUUUCAGAAAUGGGAAAUUCAGAAAAUAUGGAGAACCUUUUGGACAACCUAAACCUUCUCACGCCAAACACUUCAACACAGUCCUCACCUGCUUCAAUGAUGCAGCAAAGUGGUUAUUUAUUUACAUCACCAAACACAAGUUUGGGUUCCCCCAAUUCUGAAUACAGAAAAUAUAGUUAUGCUCAAACUGGCAUAAGCCCAAUUUCACAGAUGCCUAUGCAAACCGUUCCAGAGAAUAAGUCAGGCUACAGAGCUGUUGGCCAAUAUCCUGUUCCUGCUGGACUUCUUAAGGAGCUUCUCACGUCAGAUUCACCCCCACAUAAUGAUAUUUUAACGCCUGUAGAUCCUGCCGUUUCACAAGCUAACAACAGAGUGCUCGGACAGAAUUCAUUAAUUGGAUCCAAUUCCAUAAUGCCGGCAUAUGGCAGUCAGCCAGCCCCCAAUAAAAUGAGCAGUCAUCCCCACUUGCAUCAACCUAAUCACCCGACGUCCAUCAAUGGUCGUCCAAUUGCGCAUAACCCUGGCAUUAACCGCUUAUCUUCAGUGAAAACUUCAGUACAAGUGCCUAUGCCUCAUCAACCCAUUCAAAUGACAAGCAUGGGUUCUUAUUCAAUGAACAGCUGUAAUGGCUAUGGAAGAGUUGGCAUUGUGUCCAUUCACCAGGAGAUCCUUCCCAGUGACUUGGAUGACAUGUUGAUUGAAAGCUUGGACUGUGACGUGGAGUCGAUUAUUCGGAAUGACCUCAUGGAAGAUGGAGAAGCAGAUUUUAACUUUGAUAGCAUAUUACCUAACCAAAGUUUUCCUCACAGUGUAACAACAACCACACACAGCUGGGUUUCUGGGUAAAUGGUGUUCUCAGAGACUUUAUGGAGAAGAGAGGAAGAUACGGCCAAAGAUAUCCUGUUCCCUUCUCCAGUCACCUUUUAAAAGAACUGUACAUAUUUUUUGUUUCAAUUUAACAGAGAAAUGGAGUUUUCUUAACAGAUCUUUGACCAGAACACGCAGGUUUCGUGCUGCUCUUGGACCUCAUAUCACUUUAAAGUGCCAAACUGACUAGAACAUGUAAUAAAUACAUGGCCGCCAUCAAUUUCUGCUGUGUGGGUGCAUAGGCAGCAGAGAAUGCUUGCAAAUUCAUUGUGCUCCAGGUGCUUGCAUUGAGUUCGAGACCAGUCGAGACCAGUCCAUUGAGUUCGAGACCAGUUCGAGACAACAGGGGUUAAAAUAAAAUCUGCAGUGCAAGAUACACUUCUGAUGCUUCAGAAAUACACCCGAAAACCAUGUCCUAUCCAUCACAAAGUGGCAGUACAGCUUUUCAAGAACCACAUAAUCACCUGCAACGUAUUAAUGCUACUUACUUGCUGCUUUCUUAAUCACCAACUCAUUAUUUAGCUCAAGAUUGACAUUUUAUUAGAACACUUUCUCUGGUUCCUGGGCUGAUGCUGUGCACAAACCUGGCAAGCCUUUCCCAUGCUUUCUGAUGCUGCGGCAUAUUCAACUUUGAUCAACAGCGAGAGUGUCUUUUAAAUCAGAAUUUUAAGGUUUUUUACUGAAUCCUCCUAAAUGAAUACAGCUUUGUGUUGCUUUUGCAUUGAUCCAGUAAGAAGAGCGAAACAUUGCCGUGCCAUACCCUCAGAUGAUUUACAUACAAAUGAAAUUGAAAAAGAAAUGUGUAAAAAAUGGCAAAUAUUAUGUAUGACAAAUUAUAUGUAUAAUGUUUUUAAGCCAUUUCUUGUGAUUACAAUUGUAUGAAUUUAAUCUCUUCAGUUUGUAUCUGCACUGUACCAUUAUUUUGUUUUUAUGUAAUACAGGUAUGGGAUCAGUUAUCUAGACUGCAUGUGACCCGGGGGGUUUCUGAAUACAAGGGUCAUGUUAAGUUGUUUUAGUUGCCAUCAAACGCACGGUACUGUCUUUUUACAGAGGGGAAAAACAAAUUUGUCAGAAAUUACGAUUUUUUUAAACCAUAUUUCCAUAUUGUGGAGCUUUCUGGAUAAUGGGUGUUCCCAAGAAUAGAUCCCACUCCCCUAUAAUGAGGUUUGGUCCAACAGAACUGGAUUUGGGUGCUUUUUUUUUUUUUUGUAAAGUUUAAA